CUUUUAUUAUUGAAAGCAAGGGUAUUUUUGCAAUUUUCAACCGAAUUUGUGCGAGUGAUUUUUCUGUAAAUUAAGCGUGUGAAAAGCGAUAUAAAACAAAAUAUAAUUAAUCAUCACGUCAUCAAUAUGCGUGAAGUUCCAAAAACGCUCAGCAUUGCGGUGACCACACCUGGCAGUUCAGGACCGUCAGGCGCACCAUCGUCCGCAGGAAGGCAAGCCAGUCUUGAGGAUAUACACUUGGAUCAGUUCCUCAAAACUUCGAACUAUGAAGAUACAGUAAAACAAUUGGAUAUCUAUUAUGGAAUUGUCAAGCGGCAAUUACUCCGCUUCCAAAGCCCCAUAACCGGUCUCUUUCCCAUAAUGAGUACGGAUCAUGAGGUGGGCUCUGUGCGGGAUAGUGUUUACUGUGCAGCUGCUGUUUGGAGUUUAUAUCAAGCCUAUCGACGCAUUGAUGAUGAUCGUGGCAAAUCCUAUGAACUAGGGCAAUCGACAGUGAAAUGUAUGCGCGGCAUACUGGAAUGCUGGGUAAAGCAGGCACGCCGCGUAGAAGUCUUCAAGCAGCGGCAAUCGAAUCAAUAUGCUUUACAUGGUAAAUUUCAUUUGCACACUGGUGAAGUGAUUUACGCCGAUGAAGCCUACAAUCACUUACAAAUCGAUCUAGUAUCGUUGUACAUAAUUUUCUUGGUGCAAAUGAUCACAUCAGGUUUGCAAAUCAUUUAUACGCAGGAUGAAGUAGCCUUUGUGCAAAAUUUGGUUUAUUAUGUUGAACGCGCAUAUCGUACGCCCGAUUUCGGCAUGUGGGAACGCGGUUCCAAGUAUAACAAUGGUACACCAGAAAUACAUGCUUCGUCUAUUGGCAUGGCCAAAUCGGCUUUGGAAGCCAUCAAUGGUUGCAAUCUAUUUGGCGAGAAGGGCGCUUCGUGGAGUGUGGUUUAUGUUGAUAUAGAUGCGCAUAACCGUAACCGCAGCAUUUUUGAAACAAUGCUACCCAGAGAAUCAAGCUCAAAAGGCGUUGAUUCAUCACUAUUACUAACAUUGUCUUUUCCUGCCUUUGCUUCGCACGAAGAGCGACUUGUUGAGCAAACCAAACAUAAUGUUAUCACACGCCUGCGCGGCAAGCGUGGUUUCAAGCGUUUCAGCCGUGACGGUUUUCUUAGUAAAUUGGAAGAUAAGGAUAGACGCUAUUACCAUAUUGGUGAACUGAAAGAUUUUGAGGGUCACGAAUGCGAGUGGCCGUUAUUCUUUAUACAAAUGAUAAUUGAUGGCGUAUUCAAGAGUAAUCCAGAGCAAAUUGAAGAAUAUCAAAAUGAAUUGCGCAAUUGUCUACACACUGAUGUCAAUGGUGAUCCGGUGGUCACAAUGUAUUAUGCACCAGAUGGUGAGGGCUCCUAUGUGCGUUCACCUUCGCAGACGCUCUUCCUUUGGGGUCAAUCGAUGUUUAUUAUAGCACAAUUACUAACUGCUGGUCUAUUGCAUAUCAAUGAAUUAGACCCAAUACGUCGUUACCUACCCAGCUACAAUCGUCCAAGACGCGCUGGUCGUUAUUCAGCAUUUCAGGGAAAAGCCGUCGAUGACAAAUAUACCAGGCUACGUGUACCGGCAAUUGUGGAUGGCAAGGAGGGUACUGCCACGGAUCUGGUAGUGCAAAUUGUUUUGAUCGCUGAAUCGCAACGUCUGCAGGCAAUGAUGGCAACAUAUGGCAUACAAACGCAAACACCGCAUGAGGUUGAACCCGUGCAAAUUUGGUCUUCCACCGAACUUAUCAAAGUUUAUCAACACUUGGGUGUGAAUAGCAAAGUUGGCCUAUCCGGUCGUCCCGGCCGCCCUGUAGGCUCACUGGGCACCAGCAAAGUAUAUCGCAUCUGUGGCAUGACUGUACUCUGCUACCCACUCAUUUUUGAGGUAUCCGAUUUCUAUUUGUAUCGUGACAUGGCGCUGCUGAUUGAUGAUAUCAAAACCGAGCUGCAAUUUGUCGGCAAAUAUUGGCGUCUCUCUGGCCGCCCCACAGUGUGCUUGCUCAUACGCGAGGAGCAUAUGCGCGACCCGCAAUUCAAAGAAAUGCUCGACUUGAUGGCCAUGCUGAAGAAAGGCUACUGCGAUGGCAUGAAAGUGCGCAUAGGACGUCUGCAGAAUUUGAUAAGCAGUUCGUGUAUUGAGCAUCUCGAUUUUGUGAAUCAAAGCAAUUUGUCCUACAAUGAAAACGCUUUUGUGCAAAUCAAUCAUGAGUAUAUCGGCUAUCAGUCGCUCACCGAUGUACCUAAGGCACUAACAUAUAUUGAACAGAAAACUUCGCUGGACCACUUUAAACACAAACCUACGCACGAAAUCAUUGAAAAAAUGCGCAAUACCGAAUCCAUUUAUUGUCUCUGUCAAUUGUGGGGCAUUUUGUUGGAGCGCGAAGGUGCCAAUUUCGAAGUGAAUGGCCUAAGCGUAAAUCAAGCGCUCACACAGCUCUAUCAUCGUGCGGGUUCGUUGCGCUAUUGGCGCGCAGUGCGCUACUGUUCCUCGUUAUUACAUCACAUUGUCGAUUCGAUUAGUCCUUUCAUCACCACUGUGUUGGUGAAUGGCAAGGAGUUAACUGUGGGUGUUAUUGGACAAAAGGAAACAAAUUUCGAUAAACCAAUGACGCCGGCAGAGAUACAGAAUGUGAUGUAUACGACAGUGCAGCCGUACAAUGUGAUACAGGCGGUGCUGCAGCAGGAAGUGGUGUUGUAUUGUGGUCGUUUGAUCGCCACAAAUCCAUCCAUGUUUAGGGGUAUAUUGAAGAUACGUAUUGGUUGGGUACUGGAGGCCAUGCGUCUGUACUUACAAAUGUCCGGGCAGGAAUCGAUUGAUUUGGAAAAUCUUUCACCUUACCAAGUGCGUAUACUCCUGCAAAAAGUGCUGACUGUAAGCGAAUGGGCAGCUGAGGAAAAGCUUACGACGUUGCAACGUCGCCAAUUAGAGGGUUGCCUCUGCCGAGUACCGAAACAUUUCUAUAAUAAAAUAUGGGAAAUCCUACAACGUACUCAAGGUAUUACAACGCAAGGUCAUCUCCUACCCACCGUACCUACGUUGACAAAUAUGAGUCGUGGUGAAAUCACGUUCUCACUGCUGGUGGAGGAGACACUUAUGUGCAUCGAUUGCCCUGAAAGGCGACAAAUUACAGUGGAACUGUUAUGCAUCAUAGCGACGAUAUUGAAUCGCAAUCCUGAGUUACAUUUCAAGCAAGCGCUUGACAUAGAUGACAUACUCAGCGAGGCAUUCGCCAUGUAUUGCAAGGAUAAUAACAUCGAACGCCAAAAUGACAAUAACAUGACUCCUUUCUAUGCUUUAUAUUAUACCGAAUCCACCGGCUAUUUGGCGCGUGCUGCUGUCAAUAAAGUGCUGCAAGGUGGCGCUCUAUCCACCUUAGAUGAGAAUGGCUUCUCAAAUGGUGGCGACCAAAUGCACGAUGAGACCUGUCAUGUUUCUUAAAUGCUGCAGCGCCAUUGGAAUUUCAUCCGCUUGCCAAAGUUAUUAGUCUAUAAAUUCAAUAAGUAUAAAUUAACCACACGCACAUGCACGCACCUAUUUAUAACUGCACAUUUAAUCACAUCUAUCUUUAUCUUUACCAACUUUAAAUCGAAAUUUACCCACCCACUAUUUGAGCGAAUUUCGCACAAGCAAGCAAUAUUUAUGUUAAGUUUUUUAACCUACCUUCAUUAUUCAAAUGUCUCGCUAAUGUGCUCUCUGAGAACUUAAUGCCUUAUCGUCGUCGUUUUUUAUUUUUAUUUUUUAUAUACAUACAUAUAGCCAUGCCAUAUACCAUGAUUCAGUUCUGCAGCUCUCUAAUAUACAAAACUAGUCUGCCUUUUUCAUCAUUUUUAACUGACACAGUUUUAUUAACAGUUCAAACUCGGAACAUUUUGAAACAAAAAAAAAAUGUUACAUCUUAUAUACUUGUUACUUACACAUUGUUGCACAUUAAUAUUUAUUUACUUUUCAAACGCGUUAAGUGAGAUAUCUUCAACUGAGACAAUUUCAUAUUAUGAUUCACCAAACAUUGUGGUAAAAUGCGAAUUUGUUUAUAAAAAGUUAGUUCAUUAAAAUAUGGUUUAACCAAGAUAGUUUUAAACUAAUUAAUCAGUUAUUUUUUUAAACUUCUAAAGAAUCGCCGAAAAUUAUACCAAGUAAUAUAUCGUUGG